GAGAGAGAGAGAGAGAGAGAGAGAGAGAGAGAGAGAGAGAGAGAGCGCGUGGCUAGGAUAACCAGAGAAUGGUAGACAAAACGGAUACCUUGUCGUCUUCUCCACCUUCACUUAAACCAUUCUAUUAAUAUGCACACAGCCACCAUUCAAACAGAGCCUUGCCUCUUUCUCCAGGCCGCCUCUCCCACCACCGUCACCCUCCUCCCCGCCUCUCUCUCUCUCUCCCUCCCUCCCUCCCUCCCAGAAAACCCACCAUUGUUUAUACAUCUCCAUAUAUACACGUACGAACGGUAUAUAUCAUUUCUUUAUAAAACUCAUGCAGGCAUGAAAAUCUCUCUCUCGAAACUUCCGGUCAUCCUUAAACCUUCGUUUCGUUCUCUCUUUUCCUCUCUAGCUUUCCUCGCCUUUCUCGCUCUCCAAACAAAACGUCACGUCCAGAAACCCACCACCACCACCACCAUCGCUACGACAAGUUUGCCCGCCGGAAGCGAUGAGCUCCGGAUCCGACCCGGUUACGCCUCCUACGAGGCCUACAUCCAGCGCCAACUCAACAAGACCCUCAACCCGAAGCUCCGUAAAAUCUGGACCACCCGGGACUGGGGCCGCAAGGUCCGGGUCUUUGCCCAAUUCUUCGAGAGCCUGAAGCAAAGAGGCCUCCUCUCCAACGGGUCGAGAACGCUCUCCAUCGGGGCCCGAGUCGGCCAGGAGGUGGCGGCGCUGAAGCGGGUCGGAGUGCCCGACUCGGUGGGGAUCGAUCUGGUGCCCCGCCCCCCACUUGUGAUAAAAGGCGACUUUCACUCCCAGCCGUUCGAUGAUGACACGUUUGAUUUCGAAUUCUCCAACGUGUUUGAUCACGCGCUUUAUCCGUGGAAGUUCGUGGAGGAGAUCGAACGGACGCUGAAGCCCGGCGGGAUCUGCGUGUUACACGUGUCGCUCAACAAACGGGCUGAUAAGUAUUCGGCGAACGAUUUGUAUAGCGUGGGGCCGUUGGAGAAGUUGUUUAAGAGAUCGGAGAUGGUUGAGGUGAGGACCGUUGACGGGUUCGGUUUGGACACGGAAGUAGUUUUCAGAAAAAGGAAGAGGAAUGGACGGUUGUGAUUUCGUGCAAGUGGGUUACACGGUGAUGAAGACACGCGUGGAUACACCAGAUAGUUGCUUCUUCUUCUUUUUACGCUUUGUUUUGCGGAUUGAGUUGAGGGGGUCCGUUGAGCCAUGCCUUGGACUGGAGGCGGAGGGAAAGCCCAUAAUUGUGUGGCUUUUGGGGGGCUGUUUAUUCCUUAUUUUACGUGGCUUCGUUGAAGAAGUUUUGAAUGGUGCAUACUUAUUUUAUUUUCUAUGUUUUUCGUCCUUUGCUAUGAACGUUGUGUUUUUAAAAUUUUAAAACGAUAAUAGUUAAGAAAAGAUCAACUAUAAUAGUUAAUGUAACAAAUAUAACAUAACUGCUUGUUUCUUAUGGGAUCACAUUUUAAAAUGAUAUUGAUUGCAUUUUAAUAUAUACUUAUAUUAGUUAAAAUUUCUCCAUUCAACUUGCAUUGUUGGGUUAAGAAUCAUCAUUCUAAUAAAUGAAUUAAUUAAUUAUGGUUGCCGAUGAUGGAGUCACAUUGAAAGAGUCGGUUGGAUUUCUUUUAAUUUGAAUAAAAGAUAGACGGAAGGAGUCGAUUUUAAUAAUAAUAAUAAUAUUAGAUUAGAUGAAUGAUUGGGACCACAACACAAGUUGAAUGAAUCCCCAAGCCCAACAAGAGAUCAUUUUCUCGUGAAUUUUUAAUAAUUGAUUGAAUUUUUAUUUUUAGAUUAUUUUGUGUGACUAUUUAUUUUUUUUUUAUUUUGAUUCCAUUGUUGUAUUUAUAUUUUUGAAUCAAUUUAAUUUUUAUAUUUUUUU